AUGUCACAGCCCAAGGGCCAUGUUGAAUAUUCCAUGGUGACAACCAUGGACCGUCAUAAAACCUGCAAACAGCUACUGACGAUGCUCGUCUACAAGCAGAGUCGUUUGACACACUGUACAAUGGAUUUCUACCAUAUUAAAGCCAGGGAAGAAGAGCACAGUUACUGCUUGAUGAACACUAGCACAGCCCGGGAUUUCUACGCAAAAGUAUUUCAGAACAAGAAGAAGAUUUAA